AUGGCCAUCAAAGAGUUGGCGGAACUACUACGGCGAGCGGCCGAAUACGCUCGUCGUGGUCUUACGGAAGUUGCUCGCCUCCGUGAUAGGAGGUUGGAACCAUCUUGGGAACCCGCCUAUGCCCACCGACGCGGCCGGGGCCGCAAAGGCUUUCGCCACUCGCCAUUCGGCUGUUGGCAAAGGGCCUACUUCCAUUCUUACUCGAAUCCACGCCGUCCAAGGCGCCACCAUCACUGCCCGUGGUCUGCGAAGUUCAACAAGAUCCAGAAGCGUUUCUUUGCGCAUUUUUUCCGCGGUGGGUUCUACUCCAAUGUGAUGUUAACUUCAUCUGCUACUCUCAAGACAUGUAUUGGCCGUGGUUUCUCCAAGCCACUUCCAGUUUGGCUGGCUGGAUUGUUUGUUCAAACAUCUCCACAGGUUAAGCCACACCCGCGGCACACAUUCACGCCAAGGGGCAUUCGCCUGAUAAUUUCAGCCAAGACGUCGUCGAGCCCAUUUUCGUUGAUCAAGCUCAACACUGAGAGGUCAAUUUCGUCGUUCGCUAAACCUCGCGAAACUAUUUCCGCGAAAUUCGAACAGUUGGCCAAGUUACCAAGUGCUGCUGCACCGACGGUUUCCAGCGCUGUGUCUGGACUUUGGCUAAAAGAGGACAAUCUGGUUAGCCAGGAGGCUUUCGUUUUCCCCAGUGUUCCUGGCACUGAGUCUAACACAGCUGCUGUAGACUUUGAUAUGGCUCCAAAUGUUGAGCUUCCAAAUGAAGCUGAGCUUGAUGGGGUUACGACCCAGACUAUUGUCACAGCUUUAGAGCGUCAGAUUGAGAGGUUGCGAACGAUGAUUAGCGACGUUCAGCAGAUAUCUGAACUAGGGGUGCUUCCAUUGUCAGUCGAGAACGGUGGCCGCACAGUCCGAGUCCAUUUCCCCAACUCCAACCCAGAAAGUGUCAACUUACUCAUGCAAGAUCAGGAAAUCUCCACAGGACGCAUCGUGGAUGUUCCGUCUUCGCAAAACGACAUGCCACCGGUUUCAGAUAUUGAAUGGGCAGAUGAUACUACACCACCAGAGCUCAGUUUUAGCAUCUCUACUGCAAGCACUCUUUCUGAGUCGUUCUCUCUGGUUUGA